ACCAAAACAACUUUUUUUAAUAAACAAAACAAGCGACUCCAGUAUGUUCCAAACUCCAAACGGAAAAACAACAAAAGUGGGUUUUUUUUAAAACUGGAAAUGAGAGAAAGUUGUUUAGAAAAACCAAACGGAGAAAACCUCUGAAUUUGUGCUGACUCACCGAGUCACCAACUCGUUAUUAGGCCAAGUUGAUGUCUUUUUCUUUACGUUUUUUUUUUUUUAUAAGCCUUCAAAAAGUAAAUAAAAACCAUUGUUUUAGUCAAAAAAGCUGAGAAAGUUGCAAAAUGCAAAGUUUAUUGGGAGUGAUGGUGAAGAACUAGAUCUGAAAGUUCAACAAGUUCAAGUAACUGCAACUCAAAGGUUUCAACUUUGAAUCAAAGGGUCAUUAAGGUUUUGGUUUUUUUUUUUUUGUCUCACUGUCAGAAAAUGCCUUCUCCUUCAUUUCACAAGCUUGUUCUACCCUCCACUCUUCAAGCUAAGCAACUGAGGCUUCCAGAUGAUUUUGUGAAGAAAUAUGGGGGCAAUAUGUCUUCGAUUGUCACUCUCACAGUUCCUGAUGGCAGCGUGUGGCGUGUAGGAUUAAAAAAAGAAGACAACAAAUUUUGGUUCCUCAAUGGUUGGCAUGAAUUUGUUCAAAACUAUUCCAUUGGUACUGGAUACUUGUUGUUAUUCAGAUAUGAAGGAAAGUCGACUUUCAUUGUUAAUAUUUACAGUUUUGCUACUUCUGAGAUUAACUAUAAAUCACCUGCACAAAGCAGUAACAAAGCGCCUCACUUUGCAAAACAACUUGAAGUUUUCGAAGAUUUGGAAGAUGAAGAUUCAAUUGAAAUGAUGCAUUUGUCGCCUACAAACCUUACACAUAGCCCAUUGCAAAACAAAGCUGUUUCUGGAUCAGCCGAUAAAUUUACGCCUGGCAAACCUCAUUCCCCUCCAGCACUGCAGAAUCUGUUUAAUGGAUCUAAACUUAAUAGUCUAGACAACCAGCUGACCCGAGAUAUAGGUCUUCAGUUUAAUGUAGUUGAGUUUAAAAAGUCUACUGAAGAGGUGAAGUUGCGUACGGCUACUGAUGAAAAAGUUAAAAAAACUGUGGCUACUGAGGAAAAGGUUAAAAAAUCUGUGACAAAGAAGCGGAAAUCAGAUGUCCAGGAACCUCCUUCUGAACAUGAAGAUGAAGUAGAAAUGCGCAAUAGAUUUUACGAAAGUGCAUCUGCAAGAAAAAGAACUGCGACAGCUGAAGAAAGAGAAAAGGCCAUGAAUGAAGCAAAAGCAUUUGAACCAUCUAAUCCUUUCUGUCGUGUCGUCCUGCGGCCCUCCUAUUUAUAUAGGGGAUGCAUAAUGUAUCUACCAUCCUGCUUUGCAGAGAAGCAUUUGAAAGGUGUUGCAGGCUUUAUCAAGCUUCAAAUCUCUGAUGGUGGGAAACAGUGGUCUGUUCGCUGUCUUUAUAACAGUGGUAAAGCUAAGUUAAGCCAAGGGUGGUUUGAAUUUGCAUUAGAGAACAAUUUAGGUGAAGGUGAUGUCUGUGUAUUCGAGCUGGUUCCAGCUAAUGAAGUAGUGCUGCAAGUUACUUUUUUUCGUAUUACCUUGGAUGACGGACUGUUGAGCCCGCGGCCUGUGCAGCAGAACCAGCAUGUCACCACAGCUAAACCAUUAAAAGUGCCUUUUAGUAUGACCUGAUUUCAACUAACCGAUUUGAAAUUAACUUCAUUCCUAAUAGGUCAUAACUCAACUGUAUUAAGUAUCUAUUGUUUUGUGUGUGAUUAGCACUUAAUAUAAAUUCUUCAAGUGGAACUUAAAUCUUUUGAUGUGUCCAAUGAUGACGACUUUGGUGUAACAUAGUUUUUAGCUUGCUGCUGUUGUGUACUUGGUUUGUAAAUAGAUUGUUUAAUCUAUCUUAAAUCAGAAACUGGGUCGUUUGCUGCUAA